AUGGCCAUGACACCUCUGGCAGGUGCCCUUGGCUCUCACAGUCCUCUCCCCUAUUUUGUCACCGACAUGGCGAGCCCGUCGCGGGAGCCGAUGGUGCCCUCGCAGAGCGCGUUCCGCCAUCCGACGACGCACCAGAAUGCCAACGCCGCAAACCUCCAACCCCCCCCCUCCCCCCGGACGCAUCGAGCGCUGCGAAGGCUCCAGUCGGCGCACAACCUCGGCGCUUCUCGUCCAUUCCAUCAGCCCUCGCUCCUUUCUCCCCAGAGGCAUCCGGUGAACGACAGCGUCUCCCCGACGAGGGAUCGGGGGCGCACCUCCCAUCGCGGACGCGCCAACAGCGAUGCCACGCCCCCUCGGGUGAACCACAUGGGCGUCAUUGCCGCCGCCGCCAAGCACCUGCGGCCCGUCAAGCCCUCAUUCUCCCACGGCCACCUGACCCUGCAAAAGAUCAUUCGCGGCGGGCCGAAAGACGGUGAUUUUGCCGGUGCCCUCGAGAGCGCGAGAUUCAAGGUGCUCGAGGAGGGCAUCAAGAGCGCGGAAAAUGGAAUGUCAAGACGUAGAAUAUACGUCUGGCUCGUGUUCCUCGACACGCCAAUGUCGUCGGCCGACGAAUACCUCUCCCUCAUCCAUCGUGGUGCUUCGGCCGCCUACACCAAGAUUCGCAACGACACGUUCCGCACCCUCACGACCGACCCUCUGUUCCGACGACGCGUCAGCGAGGCCAGCUUGAUUCGCCUCCUCAACGCCGUUGCUUGGAAGUUGCAUGACGCGAAGGAGGAUCAGCGCCAGAGCAGGCCGAGCAGCCGGCAGUCUUCCCACCGACGAGAGAGUCUGGCGGGGAGCGUGUCUGGACACUCCCAAGCAAGGUCCAAUCUCGGCCCGGAGCCAGGCACCUACGUUCAGGGCAUGAACGUCCUGGCCGCGCCUUUUCUCUACGCCGCCCGCAGCGAGGCCGAGGCAUUUGCCGCCUUCCACUCGCUCAUCACGCGCGAAUGCCCGGCCUACAUCCGCGGAGCCAUGGACGGCGUCCACCGGGGCCUUGCCCUCGUCGACAAGGUCCUCGCCAUCGUCGACCCCAAGCUCAGCAUGCAUCUCACCGCCAAGGGGCUGUCGGCCGAGAUCUACGCCUUCCCCUCCGUCCUGACCCUCUGCGCCUGCACCCCGCCGCUUCCCGAGGUCCUGCGGCUCUGGGAUUUUUUGUUUGCGUACGGGACCCAUCUCAACAUCGUCUGCAUUGUCGCCCAACUCGCCGCCAUGCGAUCUCAGAUCCUCGAGUCGCCGAGUCCCAACAAGGUCCUCCGAUCAUUCCCCCCACUGAAUGCCGAACUCGUCCAGAGAUUGACGAUGGGCAUCAUCAACAUGAUCCCGGACGACCUCUACGCCGAGAUCGUCACGCACGCGCUAUGA